CAGCGAUGGGAGGGCAUACCCAUCGCUAGGUGAAGGGCAAUCCACCACGAGGCCUACAUUGUUUGACGGAACAAACUACACCUAUUAGAAGGAGCGGAUGAGGAUUUACAUCCAAUCCACCAACUUUCUCCUUUGGAGAAUUAUCAAAAAUGGUGAGAACGUGCCAAUGAAGAAGGUCGAGGAAACUAACGUCCCUAAGGCCGAGGAUGAAUAUGAUGCACAAGACAUCAAGAAGGUGGAAAACAAUUCCAAGGCCAUCAAUAUCAUCUAUUGUGCCGUUAACCCGAAUGACUACCGGAAGAUUUCUUGUUGCACCACCGCAAAGGAAAUGUGGGACAAACUAGAAAUCACCUACAAAGGUACGGAUCAAGUCCGAGAAGCUAAAAUUGAUUUUCUAACCCGUGAAUAUGAAUUAUUUCGUAUGAAGGAAAACGAGAAAAUCGAUGAGAUGUUUGAACGAUUCUCCAAAAUCGUCAAUGAUCUUCAUGCUCUCAAGAAGACGUACACGGACAAGGAGCUAGUGAGAAAAAUCCUGCGAAGUCUCACACCGGAGUGGCGCUCCAAAGCCGAUGCCAUUCAAGAGUCCAUCGGCAUCACCAACGUCACCAUUGACGGACUUAGAG